GACUCUUCCUAACACUAUAGUGUAGAGUUUCUCAACCUUUCUUAACUAGUUCCAUCUCUGUGUUGAACUUGAGCACUGCCAUAUACCAGUAGUUUGAAACCUUAGGAAUACUCUAAUAUAUCUAGUUACCUUAAAUAACUAUCAGAAAUGGCAUCAAGCUCAAUUUCAGCUACAGGAUCAUGGAGUGCUAAGGACAACAAGGCCUUUGAAAGGGCUCUAGCUGUUUAUGACAAGGACACCCCUGACCGAUGGAACAAUGUUGCCCUUGCUGUUGGAGGGAAAACUCCUGAUGAAGUGAAAAGGCACUAUGAGCUUCUCCUCAGAGACAUUUCUCAGAUUGAAUCAGGUCAAGUUCCAUUCCCAAACUACAAGAAAACUGCUGAGUUUGAUGAAGAGGGGAAAAGGCUGAAAAACAUGGAGCUCCAGUGACCAGACAAUAGGAAUCAACAACAAAUAAUUUGAGAUUUUCACCAUCCACCAAGUUUUCUAGAAUUCUUAUUGUAGUACCUAGUGGUGUUGCAUGCAUACUGAUAUGUAGCACCAAUGCCGAGUAGUAUUACUGUUAUUUCAUAAGAAUCACAUUUCAUGAUUCCAUGUUACUGUCUUGUCAUUCAGUUCAAUCUGUUUAGAAGAAUAAAUGAGUCUGUUGUAGUUCCCAUCCAUAAUAAAGUUUCAAUUUAAUG